CCGUCGUCAGUCGAGUUGGACAGUUCCUGCUGAAAGAAACAUGAAUCCUUCCUUCCCGGUCGUUGUUCCGUGGUCGAUUGAAGGACUUUUCCUCCAAUCCAAUCAGGGACCCAUUUAGGGGGUGCUCUAAAACAAGCACGAAUACAGCCGGGCUGGUGGGGGAAACCUGCCAUUAGGCUGCGAAAAGAAAGAAGAAACGAAAAAGCCGCAAUUUAUUGUAAUGCCACGCAAUUUUCCGCUCUACCAAAAUAUGGACCGAUAAACGGGGGAAUAAUUUGUCGAAACAAAAACCGCUCAAACGGUUAUAUCCUCAGCCAGCAGUGCCGGUCUUGUUGUGUUGUGUUGACAGAGCAAAAAGAAAAAUGUAAAGAUGUAAAAAUUAUCAUCCGAUGAAAUCAAUCCCAAUGUCUUCCAUGAUGGUACCAAUUAGUUCAAAAAUAUGGAAUAAAUCGGAAAUAAUGGUGCUCAAUGUUUAGUAAAAUUUCUCGGCCCUCUCACUCUCUGGUGGUAAAAUUUGGUGUUUUGAAUGUGUGGUGCGUUGUUUUCCCGUCACUGAUUUAACCCUGCCUGCUCUUAUAGUGUACAGUGAAAUCUCCCCAAAUGCAUGUGGCGCUGCCGAGCUUGUGCACAUUUUAAGAAUGUAUACAAAUGUCUAGGGUAUAGACGUAAAGUCUUUUCAUUUCUUUUCCCCGAAUAUGUGCUGUGUGACAUAUGAAAACACGAGAAAAUCAUCAUCGAGUGGAGACCAAUGUUGCACAGACUAUGUUUAUAUGUAUGUUUAUCGAUCAGUUUAUGUUAUUACAAUUUUCAUUUGCAUUGGAUACGAGCACAUUUUCCGAAUGAAUUCGUCUCGAAGGCAGAAACAGUGAAUAAGGGCAUCUUGCCCAUUUGCUAGUGCUGGCUAGUUGUGAUAGAAAAAAAAAUAUUGUGAUUGCAAAAUAACACCACGCUUCCAUUAUAUUGAACGAAUAACGAGGGUCCACGCCGUGAAUGGCUGUAUGCUAAUAAUUGUGUGUGCAUAAUCUAUGUUAAAGACUCAAUUUCUGCGAAAGCGAUAGACAUGUUCCGAUCCUUGGCAGAGAAGUUCUCCUUUCGUAGAAGUAGUUCAGUGGCAGUCGAUAGCAACACGCGAACCCUCUCGGAUUCCGCUGUUCGCCUAUCGGCCGAGGAGCACUUUGUCACCGCAGAAGAGAACACCAGCAACAAUGUUUCGCUCAAGAAACAGGACAGUAUCGAUACUUCGUCCGCUUCGGUGGCCCCGCACGAUUCCAGCUAUGGUGCGGGUGCUCCUCGUAAAUCAUACGACUCAAAAUCGCUGCCAAUACGAAACGAUGGAACCCUGGACUACGAUGCCUUAUACGAAGACGAAUCCGAUGACGAUUUGUCGAUGGAAUCUCACGGUUCCGUGGUCACACAUCUGCUGUCGCAGGUGAAAAUCGGCAUGGAUCUGACCAAGGUUGUACUGCCGACGUUCAUUCUCGAAAGGCGCUCGCUGCUAGAGAUGUACGCAGAUUAUUUUGCUCAUCCAGACCUAUUCCUACGAAUAGCCGAUCUUAAGGAUGCUCGCGAACGGAUAAUACAGGUCGUUCGCUGGUAUCUCAGUGCGUAUCAUGCCGGGCGGAAAAGCUCUGUCGCUAAGAAACCUUACAAUCCCAUACUAGGGGAGAUAUUUCAAUGUCAUUGGGAUACACCGGAUAUGCCAAGUGGAGACGAAACCUCUAACAUCGAAGUAUCAGAGGGUCCAGUGCCCUGGUGUCGCAAGGAUCAGUUAACUUUUAUCGCUGAGCAGGUCUCACAUCAUCCCCCAAUUUCCGCAUUCUACGCUGAACACUAUAACAAAAAAAUAAGUUUCUCGGCGCAUGUUUGGACAAAGUCGAAAUUUCUUGGCUUAUCAAUCGGGGUGCACAACAUUGGUCAAGGAACUGUAACUUUGUGCGAUUUGAAUGAAGAGUACAUUGUCACUUUUCCCAAUGGCUAUGGCAGAUCUAUUCUAACUGUUCCGUGGAUAGAACUAGGAGGUACCGUUACUAUAAAUUGCCCACAAACGGGCUAUCACGCCGAUAUAGAUUUUCUAACUAAACCCUUCUAUGGAGGCAAACGAAACAAAAUCCAAGGAGAGAUUUAUGGACCGAACGAUAAAAAAUCGUUCAUCUCGAUCGCAGGAGAGUGGAGUGGCCUAAUGGAGUAUAAAUUCAACGACGGAAGCAAGCCAUCCAAAUUUGAAACUUUUGUUAAUGUAAAUAGUAUACCGAUCUUCAAGAAACAGGUACGCCCUGUUAGUGAGCAGUCGGACAAUGAAUCCCGCAGGGUGUGGAAGGACGUCACCACGGGACUGAAAAUGAACGAUAUCGACAAAGCAACGACAGCCAAGUUUCAGGUAGAACAAAAGCAAAGGGAAGAAGCCCGUGAGCGGAAGGAAACUAGUGGUGAAUGGGAAAAUAAGUAUUUCAAGGCGAUUGGCGAAUCAUGGGUCUACAAUAAUCCCCUGCUGCAUAGGUUAACACUCGAAAGACGUGAUAGCAAAAGAUAGCAAACUUUUGUAAACUAAAACUUUGGACACCAAAAACAAACUAAAUUGUUAACCCAUUGAAAAUGAAUGUUUUCAAUAAUGCGGCACAUCAACAGCAUAAUUUUUGAUUUGCAAAGUGCUUAGUAUUUCCCGAAAGAAUCAACAAAUAUCAACUGGCAUACUUGUAUUACAAUGUGUUGUAUUGUAUAGUUUACUUACCCUUCAGUUUCUUACCGUUAUGAGGUUUCUCAAUAGUUGUAGCUAGCAAUAACUAAGUAGAUGCAGGACUUUCAAUUCAAUCAUGUUAUGUGUUAUCAUUAGGCGUAUUGCGGUUUGAUACUGCGGGGUCAUAUUUCUAUUUUAAUAUAAUUUCAUCAGUCAGCUGACCAAAAAAGCUUUAAUUCUGCGGCUUCAUACAUCGAAGCACCCCAAAACUACUUUCAUGCAUUUACCACUAUUUAUAAAAUCUAUUAAUCUUCCACUAGCUGGAUAAGCAUCCAAACAUACAGUUCGAAAAAAAAACCCGUUUGUCCAUAUUUUAAAAAAUAAACAUGAAAUCUUUGUGAUAUGCACAACAAAAACAUUUUAUAUGCAAAACAAGUUUAAUAACUCACGAUUAACCAAACGAUUAUAGAACUAACAAAUGCGCUUAAUAUUCUGAAAACCCCUGUUAUAGGACAACUCACAAAAAUUGCAGCAUACCCCUGCAGUGCAUUGGUUAGUGGAUGCAGAAUUAAACAGAGCCAAUAAAUAAGCAGCAGGCAGUUACAUCGCUUGAUGUAACUCAUUCGGUGAACGGUUAACACAUGAAAAAAAAACAAACGAAAAGCAAACUUAUACAUAGAAGUACGAUUUUUGAGCAGAAGGAUACCCAACCUAAUGCAAUUAAAUAUAUCAUAUAUUGUCUGCAUCUACAAUUAAACAGCCUAGCCAGAUGAUAAAAACGCAACGUUAUUGAAAUACAAUGCACUCUAGCAAUAAGAACACAAAUUUACACCAUUUAAACAAAUAUAUAGUUUGCAGUUGCCUAGAUUGGUGCAAAGUUGGCGAAAUAACCAUGUUAAUGAAAAUUGGCAUUUAGGACAAAAAGGAAAGAUCUAUAUAUUGAAGAAAAAAAAAUUAAAUUAUUAUUUCUGUUGAAUCGUGAUUAAAAUGAGAAAAAAAUAAUUCCUAUUCGAAUCAUCAAUAAAUCUGGCACAAUACUUUAGUAUGCUAUCAAGGAAAAAGGUAAAUAUAUUAACAAUGACAAGAUGCAUGCAAUAAAGUCUAUCAGAUUCUAAAACCAAAA